AGUAAGCAGAGCUCACUGAGUCCAGACUGUGAAAGUGUCUGAAGAGAACUGUCGGUAGAGUUCUGUUCUUCUUCAGUUUCUGGGUUUCUCCGCCGGCCGGAAAAGUUGACGACAACAAAAUUAACACCUGGAAACAAAGAGGCGGGUUGACCCACUUGUAUGCCUAAAAGAAUGGAGGGUCGCCGCCUGUUCGCCCAAUUUCUCUGCUUCUUCUCUAUGGUAGUGGUGGUAGUUCAGUGUUGGGUUGUUUCCGGCGUGCCUCUCCGCCACGUGCCUGACCCACAUUGGUACCCCGCCACCGCCACCUGGUACGGCAGCCCCGACGGAGACGGCAGCGACGGGGGCGCGUGCGGGUACGGGUCGCUGGUGGAUGUGAGGCCGCUGAGGGCAAGAGUAGGAGCGGCGAGCCCGGCGCUUUUCAAAGGCGGCGAAGGCUGUGGCGCUUGCUACAAAGUGAAGUGCCUGGACAAGUCCAUUUGCUCCCGGAGGGCCGUGACAGUGAUCAUAACUGACGAGUGUCCCGGCGGCUACUGCUCCGGCGGGCGAGUCCACUUCGACCUCAGCGGCGCCGCCUUCGGCCGUAUGGCCGUCGCAGGCGACGGCAACCAGCUCCGUAACCGAGGCGAGAUCUCCGUCAUCUACCGCCGGACGCCAUGCAAGUAUCCGGGAAAGAACAUUGCCUUCCAUGUAAACGAAGGAUCGACAGAUUACUGGCUUUCUCUUCUGGUUGAGUUCGAAGAUGGGGAUGGCGACGUCGGAUCAAUGCACAUUAGAGAGGCGAGCUCAACAGAGUGGGUGGAGAUGAGGCAUCUGUGGGGGGCAUAUUGGUGCAUAAAUGGGGGGCCAUUGAGAGGGCCAUUCUCUGUGAAGCUGACCACUCUGUCCACAGCAACAACCCUCUCUGCAAGGGAUGUCAUCCCAAGGAACUGGUCCCCAAAGGCCACUUACACUUCUCGCCUUAAUUUCUUCUCUUAACAUACAGUAUGUUGCCUGUCCCACUCAUCAAGCCCUAGUAAUCCUUCUUCUCCUCCUCCUCCUCCUUCUUCUCCAUUAUUAUUAUGCAUGACCCAGAAAAAGUGACCGUUGUCGCUGUGUUUCUCAAAAGAAAAGUAGCCGUUGGGGCGUCUAAAAAGAAGCAGCCAAUGCUCUUUCUUUAAUUUAUGGGUUAAUAUAUUAUAUAUAGGUAGAUACAUAUAUAUAUAUAUUUGACUGCUUUUGUAGUGUGUUUUACCCUUUUAGGUACUGUUUGUUUGUUGUAGACCUUGGGAAAUUGUGGCCCUCCCCAAAGAAGGAGAGAGAGCUUCAGUUGAUAUAUGUAACAAUGUUAUGAGUGUGUUAAGUAAUUAAUUUGUAUGUGAGCUUCAGUUGAGCUUUUGUGAGCCAUCUGGUUUCUUGAUGUGCCCAGACCCAAUUAAUGCAAGAGUUCGGCGCC